AUGUCAAAACCUGAACAACCGUCCAAGCUGGUCACCAUAGUCUAUGCAAUCCAUCACUUUCAAGCCGAAAACCCAGAUGAGCUCUCCUUCUCUGCGGGCAAACCGAUCGAGGUCACCGAAAAAAACGACCUCUAUGGCGAUGGCUGGUGGCAAUGGUAUCCGUGCAGUUUCAGACGCCCCUACCUCAGUCAUACAGAAGACUUGGUUAAGAUUGUCGAUUUACCUCAUUGGUCUAGGGAAGCCUUCAAAGGUGCCACCACCCUCAACAGAGUCCAAAGUAAAGUCUUUCCGGUCGCAUUUGGUCAAGAUGAUCCUAUCUUGUUGUGUGCUCCAACCGGAGCUGCUAAGACAAACGUGGCUAUGCCAACCGUCCUCAACGAGAUUGCCAAACAUCGUAACGAGGCCACCGGAGGGAUCGAUUUGGCCGCGUUUAAAAUUGUCUAUGUUGCUCCGAUGAAGGCCCUUGUCCAAGAAAUGGUUGGAAACUUCUCAAGCAGGCUUGAAUAUCUAGGCAUUCAAGUUGGAGAAUUGACAGUGGGCUUGAUCAUUAUCGAUGAGAUUCAUCUGCUACACGACGAGCGAGGACCGGUUCUAGAAGCUCUAGUCAGUCGAACCAUUCGUAGAAUGGAACAAAAUCAUGAAUAUGUUCGCCUCGUCGGUCUCUCGGCCACCUUGCCUAACUAUGCCGAUGUGGCUCGGUUCUUGCGCGUCAACCCGAAAAAAGGUCUAUUCUUCUUCGAUAGUUCCGCUCGACCCUGCCCCCUCAAGUUGGAGUUUAUUGGCAUCACUGAGAAAAAGGCCAUAAAGCGUCUCCAGCUCACCAACGAGAUCUGCUACGAGAAAGUUAUGAAGCAGCUUAAUGAUAAGCAACAGAUUAUCAUCUUUGUCCACUCUCGAAGUGAGACCACUAGGACGGCCAAAAACCUGAAAGAAACAAGUAUCGAGCGAGAUGAAGUUGGUAAAUUUAUGUCCGGAGGAUUAGCCACUCGGGAGAUCUUAAUGGAAACGGCCGAAAACGUCAAAGACCCGGGGCUCAAGGACAUCCUCCAAUUCGGCAUCGGAAUUCAUCAUGCCGGUUUACCGAAAACGUCAAAGACCCGGGGCUCAAGGAAAUUCGGCAUCGGAAUUCAUCAUGCCGGUUUAGAAAGAGUUGAUCGACGAUUGGUCGAAGAGUUGUUUGCCGAUGGUCACCUUCAAGUUCUAGUCUCGACCGCUACUCUUGCGUGGGGAGUCAACCUGCCCGCACACGCCGUCAUCAUUAAAGGCACUCAGAUCUACAAUCCCGAGAAAGGCAGAUGGGUUGAGCUAUCCCCCCAAGAUAUCUUGCAGAUGCUCGGCCGAGCAGGGAGACCACAGUACGAUACCUUUGGGGAAGGGAUCAUCAUUACCAAUCAUUCCGAGCUGCAAUUCCAUCUGUCAAUCACUACCAGUCAAUUGCCUAUCGAAUCUCAAUUGGUUAGUAAGCUAGCGGACAUCCUUAACGCUGAGAUCGUAUUGGGUACGAUCAGAAACCGUGAGGAAGCACCCCAAUGGCUAGGCUAUAGGUACUGGUACCAACGUGCAUUGGAAAACCCAUCACUCUAUGGCUUUCAGCAUGACCCCGAGGACCCUCUGUUGCUUCAAAAACGGACGCAUAUCGUCCACACCGCCAUUUGCAUCCUCGAGAAGAGUGGGUUGGCCAAGUAUGAUCGAAAGACUGGAUUAAUCGCCACACUCGAGCUCGGAAAGAUCGCCAGUCACUAUUAUGUCACCAAUACAUCGAUGUCCACCUACAACCAACAUCUCCGACCCACAAUGACACUGAUUGAAUUAUUCAGGGUAUUUGCUGCGAGUGACGAGUUUAAGUACAUACCUACGAGACCCGAGGAAAAGCAAGAGUUGGCCAAGCUCCUCGAAAAAGUACCAAUUCCGGUCAAAGAAUCUGUAGGAGAUCCAAGUGCGAAAAUCAAUGUUCUGCUGCAAGCCUACAUCUCAAGACUGCCGCUGGAAGGAUUUGCUCUGAUGGCAGACAUGGUUUAUGUCACUCAAUCGGCUGGAAGAAUCUUAAGGGCCCUGUUCGAGAUCUGUCUCAAGCGUGGCUGGGCUAGGUUGACUCACCAAGUCUUGGAUUUAUGUAAGAUGGUCGAGAAGAAAAUGUGGGUCUCUAUGACCCCUCUUCGGCAAUUUCCAUCUUGUUCAGCCGAUAUCAUUCGACGGGCCGAGAGGAAAGACUUUCCGUGGUACCGAUUCUUUGAUCUCGAACCUCCUGAGCUCGGCGAGUUAAUGGGAAACCCCAAGCUUGGAAAGACGAUCCACCGAUUCGUUCAUCAGUUUCCCAAGCUAGAGCUCCAAGCUCUCGUCCAACCUAUCACCCGAACUAUGUUACGAGUCGAACUAACGAUCACUCCGGAUUUCAUGUGGGAGGAAUCAGUUCAUGGGACUGCUCAAACGUUUUGGAUCAUGGUCGAGGAUGUGGAUGGAGAACUCAUCUUGUUUUCGGACCAGUUUCUCCUCCGUCAACGAUAUGCCAACGAAGAACAUUUUGUGACCUUUGACGUGCCGAUGAUCGACGUUGCUGAUCGCUGGCUUCAUGCGGUACUCGUCUACCGCUGUCCUUCAAGCAUCUCAUCUUACCCGAAAAGUUCUCCCAGCCUACUCCGCUAUUUCUUCCAGGCGCUCUACACUGGCAAUGACAACGUGUUGAUCUGCUCACCCACAGGUAGUGGUAAGACGACUUGUGCUGAAUUCGCUCUAUUGCGACUUUGGUCUCAACCGGAAUGGCAAAGGUGUGUUUGCAUCGAGCCAUAUCAAGAGGUCGUCGAUCUCCGAGUGAAAGAGUGGAGACAGAAGUUCGGUCCUCUCGGAAAAGUGAUCGAGCCUCUGACCGGCGAGCUGACGCGGGAUGUCGAGCUGACGGCAAGUGACGGGAGCAAGCCGGGACAAGCAAGAAUUGAUAUUAUAAUCUGCACGCCAACCCAGUGGGAUCUAGUUUCCAUACGAUGGAAACAACGGAAGAUGGUAGAAGGCACAGGACUUCUGAUUGCAGACGAAAUCCAUCUGAUCGGGUCUGAGAUCGGACCAGCCUAUGAAGUGAUUGUUUCGAGGACCCGAUACGUUACUGCUCAGAGCGAGAUCAGUAAGACGCGGAUCGUCGCCCUUGGUUGUCCAUUGGCGAACGCGCGAGACUUGGGCGACUGGAUGGGCGCUAAUUCCCAGGCGAUUUUCAACUUUGCUCCUGGAUCUCGACCAUUGCCGUUGGAGGUCCAUAUCCAGUCCUUCAACGUACCGCAUUUCCCAUCGUUGAUGAUUCAGAUGGCAAAGCCAGCCUACCUGUCAAUUCUUGAGUAUGCUCACGAGAAGCCGGUGAUUGCAUUUGUGCCAUCACGGAAACAAUGUCGGUUGACCGCCUCGGAUCUUUCCAUCUAUGCUCUCUCAGACGAAGACCCUCAGCGAUUUUUGAACAUCGAGCAAGAAGACCUUGCCCCAUAUCUCGCUAAAGUCUCAGACGAAAAUCUACGCGAGACUUUGGCUAGCGGGAUCGGGUAUUACCACGAGGCAAUGUCGAACACGGAUCAGGUGAUUGUUCAAAAGUUGUUCGAGGAGGGUGCGAUCCAGGUGGUAAUCGCUUCAAAAGAUACCGCGUGGAAAAUCGUUGCCAAAACAAUCGAGAAUAAGCAGGAUGCGGUGGACUGGUGCACUUGGCAAUGGUUUUACCGUCGCUUGGUAGCUGACCCGAAUUACUACAACAUGCAAGCUACUGAUCAUCGACAUCUGAGCGAUCAUCUAUCAGAACUGGUUGAAUCGACUCUUUCAGAUUUACAGAACUCCAACUGUAUUGCGAUCGAAGACGAGAUGGACACUACACCUCUUCCACUUGGACCUAUGAGUUUGACCGAAAAGACCAAGCUCAAGGGAAUUCUUGAGAUUAUUUCUGCUGCGCAAGAGUUCGAGUCGAUCCCACUACGACAUGGCGAAGAGGGUCUACUGAAGAAAGUGCACGAUCGAGUACCGGUGAAAGUAGGGAAAGUAGAGUACCUGUCCCCCCAUUUCAAGACCAACAUCCUAUUACAGGCUCACUUUAGCCGAUUGACUCUACCCUCUGACUUGAUGCUCGAUCAAGUCGAGAUCUUGAGGAAGGUCCCUAAUCUCAUCUCCGCUGCUGUCGACGUCUUGAGUUCUCAAGAGUGUCUAAACACUACUGUUGCCAUGGAAUUCUUUCAAAUGGUCGUCCAGGCAGUUUGGAAUCAUGAUAGUCCGUUGAAACAAAUUCCAGGUUUCUCUUCUGAGAUCAUUCAACGAUGCACGGCGGCCAAUGUGAAUCAAGUCACAGACAUCAUGGAGUCAGUGACCAUUCCGAUCCAGGAAGCCCAGAAGAUGUUCCCGCCACCCAGACAGCCGUCCCCGCUCUCACGUGCCCGCGUCCAGAAGGCCCAGACUGGCCGCUAA